AUGUUCCCCCAGCGCAACGUCUUCCGCUUCUCCCAGCGCGCUGCUCAGCAGCUGCGUGCCGCCGGCCAGCGCCGCUCCAACAGCACCCAGGGCAACUUCCCCUGGGCCGUCGACAACGAGUUCAACCGUGAGCGGGCUGCUGUUAAGCACCACGCUGCUGAGACUAGCGACCUCUGGAGGAAGCUCUCUCUCUAUGCCGUCCCUCCGUGCGUGAUCCUCGCCGCUAUCAACGCCUACAACCUCUGGGAGGAGCACUGGGAGCACUGGGCCCACGACACCCCGCUUGAGGAGCGCACCGAGUACCCCUACCAGAACAUCCGUGUGAAAAACUUCCCCUUCAGAGAUGGUGACAAGACUAUCUUCUGGAACUCGAGCGUCAACUACCACAACAAGGACAAGCCCACUUAAAUUAUUCCCAACAUGAGCGCAUCCAGUGGCAGCCUUCUCGAAUCUCGGAUCUAGACAGAGAAGGAGACAUGUAUAUUUAUCGCAAAAGAUUCCAGGAGAAUGUAGCCAGAAUUGAGCAUGGGAGGUUUUCAUUACGAAUUGAAGAGGAAC